AUGGGCCGGCCUCGCAAGCGGCGCCUGUUCGAGGACGCCAGCCUGGACGACGCAGCACCCCUACCCGUAGAAAACGUGCCCAUAUCAACCGCAUUUCCCGAGAUCGAUACCUCUACCCAACCGGACUUCUUCGCUCAAGAUCAUGCUUUUGACUUUCUGGACCCUGCGCACACCAGUCUGGAUUAUCUAAACCUCCUACCGUACGACCUGAGUGACACGACAGCCUUGGAUCCGCAGCUCCUUCUACCCCAUAAUGGCUGCGACCAAGCGCAACAACCCCUGAAUCUAGGUGAUGUCGACCUACUGGACAGCAUCAACUUUGAUGACGAACAAGAGCCCGAUCCUCUUAGUGCAGCCGCGCCCUCAACGCACGGCGAGCGGGUGCUGCGCUUCUGGCAGAGUCAGUUGCAGCCGCAGAGCCAGAUACACAACGAAACAUCCGACAGAUCGUCUUCUCCAUCAAGCGGACCAUCCAACUCUGCCUCAACGCCUCCAUCGCAGCACUACACCACGUCGGUCGAAACCUCGCCCUCGCCGGGGUUCAAGCCCGUACGCUCCAUCGAGUGCGGCUGCCUAUCCGUGCUGUACCGCACCCUCGAGUCGCUGUCGCGCCUGCCAUCGGACAUACCCAGCGCCGUCCGCAUCGCGCGACGAGCCACCGAGGUGGCCCAUCAGACCAUCCGAUGCCCCGUCUGCGGCGACUUCCAGUCUCACGAUCCGCUGGAGGCGCCGCCGAUCCAGUGCUACCAGAACAUGAUGCUCGUCGUCACCCUCAUACCCUCCGCCUGCAACGCCUACGCCAUGAUCCUGGACAUGAUCGACAAGGAGACGGACGGCGCGCGGCGAGACGGGCGGCAGAUGUGGUUCAGUUUCCAGGAGCUGGGCGGCCUCAUGGGCAGCGUGGGCGAGCAUGACGGGUGCGCGAGCAUGCGGCCCCUGAACAACCGGCCGAUGGAGCCGGGCAUGUGGAGGACGACGAUGCGGGCCAUCCUGCGGCUGGACGUGUACGGGCACCACCCGACGCCGGGCGAGGCGGACGAUUUCGGGUUCCAGUCGCAAGGUCUCAAGGACGUGGUGACGGCGAUGGAGGACCGGAGUCGAAAACGGCAUGCCCUCAUGGACAAGCUGUUGGCCGACGGCAAGACGCCGCACGACACCGUGUUUUUUCGACAUGAUGCGAAAACCGCACAGAAACUGGUGCCCGAGGAGGAGCGCAGCUGCAUGAGGGUGCUGGACUCGGCGCGCCUGGCACUGGAGCAUUUGGUCAUUGCGUGA